AGACAAACAUUAACCAAUGAGGAGCUCGAUCAUUUCAUGACACUUGGUGAUAUCGCUUGCCGAGAGGCUGAUAAGAUAAGGCAUCUUUAUCGGAAGGUGUUCGAGCAGUGUCCUUUCUAGUUUCGAGGAAGAUGUACUUUCUACGUGGAGUGUUUGUGUUAUUGUGUGCCCUACUUUCCGCGAGUCGAGCUGAGGACGACGUUAAAAACGGCCCUUGUGAUAUUUUCUUUCAAGAUGUCAACAAUCUCACGUUAAACUGUUCGAGGCGCAAUAUCGAUAGAAUUCCCUCUUGGCCGGAGGAAAUGAAUAAAGUCGCCGACAGAGAUGGACACGUGUUAAUAACAUUUUUCAACAACAGCAUAACCAACAUCACAGAACUGGACAGUGUGCCGGGAAACAAAAUAGCAAUUAGUUUCAAAUCGAAUCGUAUCAGGGAAAUUGAGGACGACGCUUUCAAAAACAUACACCGCUUGGUAUACUUGGAUCUGAGCAAUAACCGUCUAUCAGGUGAUGUACUGAGAAGCGAAAUUUUUCAAGGACCAUAUAACGAAGGAGUCUACAGUCAAAUUGCUCUUGAAACAUUGAAUUUGGGUUAUAAUGAAAUACAUUCCUUAGACAAAUAUUUAUUCCAGUACACGCCAAACUUAACACGACUUUAUCUGAACAACAACCCUAUUGAAAUACUUGACCAUGUUACGUUACUCGCUAUCUCGAGCGCUACGAAAUUAGAGGUUCUCGACUUGGCUAAAACGGACAUAGACAACAUUCCCCUCGACGCCUUUAGAGGACUAGUCAAUUUGAAACAGAUAGAUCUCUCUGGGAAUCAAUUUGUAACCGUGCCAGAGAGCCUGAGCCUCGUCGGGAGUACUCUACAGUACCUGACUUUUAACAACAACCCAAUAGUGGAGCUCAAUGACGACAGCUUUAUAGGUUUGACAAGUCUUGUUGAAUUGGAGGUUGGCGAGAACGAUAACCUGGAGGAAGUGAAACGGAGUACAUUCACGCCACUAAAAAGCCUGCGAGUGCUACACCUAUGUCAUAAUAAAAAUCUAAAAUACAUAAGUCAUAAUGCCUUCAGAGGAGUUAAAGACAAGUGGACCUUAAAAGAGGUAUACCUAGAUGACAAUAAUCUAAGUGAGUUAUCAACGGAUUUGCUUCCAUGGGAUAAAUUAGAGGUGCUCGGAAUGACUGGCAACCGUUGGCUAUGUAACUGUGAUUUGGCCAAUAUUGUCACAAAACAAGAUGCAGGCAGUAAAUUUAAACCUGGUGAAAUACCCUACUGUGCCGCUCCAAUGAGACUGAGUGGAGCGUACGUCACAAACAUAACAGUAUCUUUCUGUCCACAAUUUGAUACUACAUUUGCAACAAAGAAAGGAUUCUCUAUUAAAGAUUUAAAACCAAAACACAUACUUUGGACUAUACUUGGUGUAGCCACUGUAGUUGGGAUUGGAAUGAUCUGUGGUCUCUUAGUGAAUUUAGCAAAAGCUUUCUAUAGAAAGAAUUUGAGAAGUCAGCCAAUUAGAUACAUAAAUAUUAAUGAUGAUUUGGCUUAAUAAAUAAUUUUGUUCAUCUUGUAUUAUA